CAUUCAUCCUCCGUGUCAUUGAACUGUGAACAGACUCCUCCGCCCGCGCGCCCCACACCGGAAGUUACAGUCGUGCGUUUUCAUGAGCUCGGCAGGAGUGGGCCGGCAAAGACGACAGUUACCGGGAGGGAGCGAAGAGGAGCCGGUGGGUCGAUUCCCUGGGAGGAACCGUGUAGAUGUUUGAGUAACGUUCAGCCACCAUACACGCUACAUCUGAAAUACCCAGCAAGAGGCGUAUAAAGGACCCUGCCCAUUUCCGAGGAAGGAGUGUGUUGUGGCUGGGGACGACAGAGAGAGAGCCGGGUUCCUGCGCUGCCCCCCCGGCCCGUGACCAGAGGACUGUGUGACCGUAGUGUGUGAGCAGCUCUCCCUAUGUGUGUCACAAUGGGGGACAUCAGUGAUCUGGACCGACAGAUAGAGCAGCUCAGACGCUGUGAGCUCAUCAAAGAAAACGAAGUCAAAGCACUGUGUGCCAAAGCCAGAGAGAUUUUGGUAGAAGAAAGCAAUGUUCAGAGAGUAGACUCCCCUGUCACGGUGUGUGGUGAUAUACACGGCCAGUUCUAUGACUUGAAAGAGCUUUUCAGAGUGGGUGGCGACGUCCCAGAGACCAAUUACCUCUUCAUGGGCGACUUUGUGGACAGAGGCUUCUACAGUGUGGAGACGUUCCUGCUUCUGCUGGCUCUCAAGGUGCGCUACCCGGAAAGGGAAACCUUGAUUCCGGGAAAACACGAGUUCCGGGAAAAUACCCAGGGUUACGGGUUCUACCAAGAGUGGCUCCCCAAGGACCGCUCCGUCACCGUCUGGAGGUACUGCACGGAGAUAUUCGACUACCUGUCCCUCUCCGCCAUCAUCGACGGCAAGAUCUUCUGCGUGCACGGCGGCUUGUCUCCCUCCAUUCAGACACUGGACCAAAUCCGCACCAUUGACAGGAAACAGGAAGUUCCCCAUGACGGCCCCAUGUGUGACCUGCUGUGGUCGGAUCCUGAGGACACUACUGGCUGGGGGGUCAGUCCCAGAGGCGCCGGCUACUUGUUCGGGAGUGACGUGGUGGCGCAGUUUAACGCCGCCAACGACAUCCACAUGAUCUGUCGAGCGCAUCAGCUAGUCAUGGAGGGCUACAAGUGGCACUUCAACGAGACGGUGCUCACCGUGUGGUCAGCGCCCAAUUACUGCUACAGGUGCGGGAAUGUGGCGGCCAUCUUGGAGCUGGACGAGCAUCUACAGCGGGAGUUCAUCAUAUUCGAGGCGGCGCCACAGGAAACCAGAGGCAUCCCCUCCAAGAAGCCAGUAGCCGACUACUUCCUGUGAGAUCUCCACGAGCGGACAGCCUCCAUCAGUCCUCUCAGUACCAUUUCCCACCAGCAGCCCUCCUCCAUCAUCCUGUCAGACUGAACUCAGAGCAGUUGGACAAAUACAAAUUCGCCGAACGACCUCCCUCUCCUCCUCCCCCUUUGAAGGUUGGGAGAGCUGGAUUUUUGCGGCGCUGCCAUUGGGGCUGACUGAGCGGUCACUGUGAAGGGUGAAGGGGCGAGGUGGACACUGGGCCUCAUGACUGUUGUCACUUCUCCAUUGUUUCCUUUCUCCCUUCAGCUUCCUCUUUCCGCCCGCUGUAGAUGCUCUUCCUCGACCUGACCUGCACCACUCUUGUAUUUUUUUUUUUUUCUUCAACAUCGAACAUUGAUGUUUAGUUUUUAGAAGUAUCUUGAAAGAGUUUUUUUCUCUUUGUUUUUAAUUAUUUGCAGAUGUAGGUCGUUGAAACAAUUGUAUAAUUUCCAGGGGAAACGUUUGCUGAUUUUCAACCGGCCUCUGCGUGACUCCGUGCGCAGAUGAGCGGUGAUGACACAGCUGGUUGAAAACUGGAGAAAGCGUCCCUGAAGGAAUUCCUUCCAUGCAUACAUUUUCUUUUGAUUUUUCUUUUUUUUUUUUUUGUAUAAUUGUCGCUUCCAGGAUUAAAUGCUCUUAUGUUUCUGUUUAACAGUUACGUUGAUCACUAUUUAACUCACCCAGUGCUGCUGCCGCUCAGCGCUGUCUCUACUACCAGAAGUGGGAUGAGCAGCCGACGGGAGUCACUGUAUUAUUCAGUUUUCUCUUAAUUCCUUUUAAUCUACAAAUCACUGUAGGUCUGUCAAUUUUGAUAUUGUGAAAAUAAAGUUUUUGUAUCAAU